GAUGAUGUGAAACACAAGUUUAUUUUUACUUUAAAGGACGAAGGUAACUUAACUGGGUCAGUUUUCUCCCGAUGUCUGGAGCAGUCAUGGCGUUAAACACGGUCGGUGCGUGUGUGGUUCUCUUCGCGACGCUUUCAGUGAGCGCAGCGAAGCCUGAAGGAGUACUGACUCUCUUCCAGACCAACACAGAGGAGGUUCAACACGUCCCCAUGAAGUAUGACUCCAAAAACACCGUCCCGAAAUGGCUGGAGGGGACACUGCCCAAUUGUAACAGAAGAAAGUAUGACCGGGCUGUUGAUUUCCUUGUCCUGAAGGUUCGGAAUGCCCCUGCGCUGUUCGAACUAGGCGGCCGCUCCGCUAUCCACGUGUUUGACGGUUUUGCCAAGCUCCACAGCGUGGAGAUCGGGCCGCACCUGGUCAACUUCUCCGCCGCCUUUCUGGACUCCAGCGCCUACACAAGAUCUAAGAAAGCCAACCUUUACGCGCCCGCCAUCACGUUCUUCGGCGUCGACCCCCCGUUCAGCGAGUUGGAGAGACUUGACGCCUUCAGGUAUCCUUACGACAACACCGACGUCAACGUCUGGAAGUACGGGCACGGGGAGGACAGCGUCUACGCCGCCUUAACUGACGGCUGGGUGUACGCCAAGUUUGACUCGGACACGCUAGCGACUAUAGGAGUGUCUAUUCCUAGCGUUAGCGGGAUAAAGAUGGGUCAUGUGGUUCAGUCCUGCGCCCACCCUAUAGUCGAACCCGGUACAACUCACAACAUUAACUACAUACAGAUCCCUGGUAUGAUACCAGGGCAGAAACAGGAUCAUUAUGUGCUAAGGAUUAAGGAUCUAGACACGUACGAAGUCUUAGCUAGCUUUCAGACAGAUAGAGCAUCCUAUAUGCACAGCUUUGCCCUGACUGAGAACUACGCCAUAUUUUUCGCCCAGCCUGCCUAUUUCGACAUGAUAAAGAUAGUGGAGACGGCUAUGGUGUCAAUAGACUGGGUCCCUGAAGACAAGACAACCAUUAUUCUGGCUAACAUUAAAACAGGGGAGACACAUGUACAGCGGUUGCAAACAGACGCCAUUUUCUUCACGCAUCACGUGAACGCGUACGAAACGGCAGACGGUACGAUUGUUGCCGAUGUGGUUCAGUUUGAGGAAGGUUUUGCAAUUUUUGCCGACUUUAAGCUCCCCCAGUUGCGUAACAUAACCAGCCUUCAUGGCAAAUCAGCUAAGUCUAGGCUCUACCGUUACACCAUUGACCUAGCCAAUAAGACCGUACAGACCAAAACCUUCCGAAGCAAAUCCCCUAUGGAAGAUUUUCUACACAAGAUUGAAUUUCCAAUUAUCAACGAAAAUUACCGAACCAAACAUUACUGCUACGUGUACGGUGUCAUUCUCGAUUUUUCUCCCUCAAGCCCACUCAAUGGUUCAUUCGCCUUGGUGAAAAAGGACCUGUGUACCCCUGGUAAUGAUCUGUAUUGGUACCACCCGAACCAUUACGUCAGCGAGCCGAGUUUUGUCGCCGAUCCCGACGGGAAAGCCGAAGAUGACGGCGUUCUUCUGUCGGCUGUUUUCGACGCCGAACUGGGCAAAAGCUAUCUUCUCAUUCUUGAUUGUAAAACGAUGAAGGCCAUUAACACUGCCUACAUGCCUACCUACAUCCCGUUUGGUUUCCACGGGAGGUUCUUUGGUAAGGAUUGGCCAGUGUAAGGGCGCGGUCACAUAAGUCGUACGAUCGUCGUACGGUCAUUCACUUCGGGCAUUUUGGAGGACAAAAAUG